UCCCCUUUUAAAUAUCCAAAUAUCAUCAUCAACGAGAGAGAGAGAGACCAAAUCCUUCGAUAGUUUGGCGUUUUCUGAUCUGUUAAAAAGUUGUUUCUCUUCUGCAAAACCAAAACAAAAACAAAUCCUAAGAAAGUGUUUUUUUUUGGUGAUAAAUUCGGAUACGGAUCCAAAGAGAGAUUCCCCCAAAUUUGUAAAAUUAGGUUUUUCUUCUUCUUCGCCUCCUCCUCCAUCUCUUAAGCCCUAGCCUACUUCUUUCCUCCUCUUUAUCUUAAAAUCUGAAUCAUUUCUGUCUGGUUUCUCUUUCCCUCCUUCAAUUUUGCAGUUUCUUCAACCUAAUUUUUUCGUAUUUCGUACUUUUUUUUUUGCAAUUUCGUUGUUUGUGCAUUGAGAGAGAUUUUAUAAUAAUAUUAGGAGGAUCAGUCUUAUUGAUAGUUUUCUUCUUUGUACUAUAUUAUUAUUACCUCUCGCAUAUGGAUUCUCGUCGGGUUUCGAUUCUCCUCUUCUGUGCGGUAGCUCUGUCAUCAUGCUUUACGUCCGGGUUCGCUUCAUCACGGGCCAUUUGCAAUUACGAAUUCGAGCUGUUCCGGUUCGAUUUAGAAGCUAAAUGUCCUCUUUAUCUGUAUCCAACUCCUCCUAUUGAGGUAGAUGGAGACUCACUGGACAGGUUAAUGGCUUUAAACCAUGGAAAUGCUUAUAUGUCUGUACUCUUUUAUGCUUCCUGGUGCCCAUUCUCACGUGUUAUGCGCCCUAAGUUUGACAUGUUGAGUUCGAUGUUUCCUCAAAUACAGCACCUAACGGUGGAGCAUUCUCAAGCACUACCCUCUGUCUUUUCUAGGUAUGGUAUCCAUAGCUUACCUUCAAUCCUGAUGAUAAAUCAAACUUUAAAAGCUCGGUACCAUGGUCGAAAGGAUCUAACAUCCCUAAUUGAGUUUUAUGAAGAAGCAACAGGUCUCCAACCUGUCCAGUAUGUGGCUGAAGGGGAACCAACAGGCUUAGAUGCCGGCGGUGGUAAUUUGAUCACAUGGUUGCGCAACGGGACAUCUAUCAGAGAAAUCUUCAAACAAGACCCGUUCUUGAUACUAUCUCUGCUGUUUAUCUGUUUACAAAUGGCAAUCCUUGUCUUCCCCAUAGCUGAAUCGCGCAUGAGAGCGUUAUGGGCCUCUUAUGUUCCCAAUCUGAACCUGGAAAGAUUUAGAGAGGUAAGCCAACUGUUCAGCCGUGGUCUUCAUAUGGUCGAUGUGAGGAGGUUAUGGUUGAAACUUAGACUCAUCAAAACGAGGAACUUCCAUGAAAGGGCAA